AUGAGCGUCACCACCAGUUCCGCCCACAUGGACCCCCCGCCUCUGCUCUUUGCCAGAGAACGAUCAUCAACACCUCCUUCCCUGUCCCAGUCACAGCUCUCCCGCUUUUCGCCUCGCCUCAGCCCUCCACCGAUGCCUACCGAAGACACAGACAUGAGCAUGUCCAUGACACUGCCCCAAGGCCAGAAUCACGACCGGGAAGACUCCGAUAUGGAGGGCACAGAGGAGACAGACCAGGCCACGCAGCCGAACUCACCGCAUCCUCCAGCCGAUGCCAUGGACACGACGUCCGACACUCUACACGCUCAAGCAAGGCUUGAGGCAGCAGCCAUCAUGGCUGAGCUCGCGGGUACCGCGCCUGUGCCUCCACCGCCUCCCGUCAGCAAUACAUUCGACUUCGAUGCCCCCAACACCCACCCUCCCGUAACUGUUAUCGGCGCAAAUCUCGUUCGCGUCACCUCGAACGGCAGCACCAUUGAUUCGGCCGGCGAGCCUCUCGAUGACUACCAACCACCUCGUCCACCAAUUGACAGCAACGAGCCUGGACCAUCAACCUACGACGAUGGUGCUGAGUCCGACUCCUCUUCUGAGGAGGAAGAGACAGGCUACAGGUGGUAUCCGCUGGAAGAAGACACCUCAUCGCCGGACGAAGCAGAGCUCAAGGAGAUCGAGAGCAAGGAGGACUACUCAGCGCUCGACCAUGAGUACUGGGAAGCCAAGACCUUCGAGGAGCUCGAGGACCCGGAAUACACCCCCGGACCUACCGGACGUAUCCACUGGAAGAUCAAGUACAAUGGUACGAGGGAGAAUCAGCAGAAAGAGCUGCUUAGGAAGUCGGAGAUUGUCAACGUCGGGGGCUACGAUUGGCAAAUCAAGUUCUAUCCUAGGGGCAACGACUCGGACUAUCUGAGCAUCUACGUCGAGUGUGUCAGUGUCGUAGAGAAGACGGACAAAGAGGGCGAGAGCAAGCAGGAGGAGGCGAGGAAGGACAGUCACAGUGACCAGGAACCGAAGAAAGUCGCAGAUGAGCAAGGGCGGAGCACCUCGAAGCAGCCAUCGGCUCUUACGACCAAAUCCAGACCUCCGUUACCGCUACUACGCGAUGCGCCUCCUCCACGCCGGAGCGUCGCUGCGCAAGUCUCCGUAGUCUUGUACAACCCCAGCGAACCUCGCGUCGGCUACUUUCGAUCCUGCCUUCACCGCUUCUGUCCUGGAUCUCCUGAUUGGGGCUGGACUCGGUUCCAUGGGCCGUACUUUGACAUCCAUCGAAGGCAGCGAGGCCAACGGCAAGCGCUUUUACGGAAUGAUGAACUGGCUUUCACCGCAUACAUACGAAUCAUCGAAGACGAAACGGGCUGCCUAGGGGAGCAUCAAAGCGCGGAUAACCCGUGGGAUAGUUAUGCUAUGACGGGGUUGCCAAGCAUGGUCAACAGAUCGGUGGAUUGUAAAGCGGACGGCAACCUGAUAAGUGCGAUGAGCAUCUGGAUGCUCCUGCGGCCUUUUAGGGAAUUACUCUAUAGAGUCAACGCUCCAGAUGUGAGCCUAACAGACGAGGCACGACAGAAGCCGAUGUUCAUCACAACAGAGCUUCAAAAGCUUUUGUUAGAUCUGCGCUGCCAGGUGGAUCCCGACGACCCAGAGGUGGAACUGUCUGGCCUGCUGGUUGCGCUGCUCAACUAUGGCAUCUAUGAUGACAUCGCCAAAAUGGAUGUGGUGCAGAUAUGGGAGGUGCUUCGUACAAAACUUGAGCAAGAAUGGGCCGGAACGCCGAUGGAAAACAGCCUGACUAAGCUAUUUGGCACUGCUAAGGACCAUAGUACUGGACUCCCAAGUUAUCGGGUACCUGUGAAGGGUUACAAAGAAGUCCAGUCCGCAAUCGACAGCACGACAUCGCCAUUGGUAGCCCCGGGCGAGAGCCCUGUCGUGCUCAACAUCGAACUCGAGCGGCAAGUCUUCGACGAGACAAGUCGGGCCUGGACAAAACUCACAGAGGAACUGACACUGAACGACCUCAUUUCUGUGAAUGACAUUCAGUACACCCUCUUCGGCAUGGUGAUCCACAAGGGGGAUCUGCAAUCAGGCUUAUACCGCUCCAUUGUUCGACCCCAUGGCCCUGGGAGUAACUGGUACACCUUCGAAGACAAGCGAAACGAGAACAUUGUGAUGUGCCUAACACAGCGUCAAGUGAAUGAGGCGCAGCGAGCCUCAAGUACUGCGGACAAAGAAAAGAGUACGGCGAUUGCCUAUCUUGCGACCUAUAUUCAGAGCAGUGUUUUAUCUGAGCAGCUCGAACAGAUGGAUCCAGAGAAGUGGGAGGUGCCACGGAACUUGCUCCGGCAUCAUCCUUGGGCUUCUAACAUAUCGGAAUGGGAGCAUGCGACUAAACCGCUGGAUACUGCGGAGGUUGGCGAUUCCAGUGUUGCUGCAAAACCCGAGGAGGUCACACAUGAACUUGAGAUCAUUGACUCCCGGGCAUUCAUGUCAUGGGAAGGUCCGGGUUAUCUCGACCUGUACGACAGUCCAGAACUGACUGCUGCGCACAUAUACACCCUUUCGUUGCCGUCGUCCAUUCUUUGGAAAGGGUCGGAGAUCAGGGCUCGGAUCACGCAGCUUGUGCCCGGUAUUGAAGAUCCUAGACAAGUUAUGUUGUGGUUUCUCAACACGGAACAGACAUCAGCGCUACGGGCCAAUUUCGGUCCUGCUUCGAAUGCUGGCUUCCUGCUCGAGGACGAUGAGAUCUUUCGCAAACUUAGAUGCGGGGAUGCGGAGACAGCCAUGCUAGGCAGCUUCGUGAAGAUUUAUCCCAAUCGGCGCCUCUGGCUGCACGUGAUCCCGCUCGAAUAUCUAUCAACCCAGUUCGAUAAGCCGCUCAAGACGCCUACGGAGCCGGAAAUGGCUGCAGACGCUGUACCCGAGGCAGGUCACACAAGUCAAGCAGCAGACCAGGAUGACACACUAAUGAGCGACUCGGGAGAUUUCGACGAUGCUACGGAUGCGUUGUUCCCUGUCGAAGAUGAACUGUUAGCCGAAGCCAUCCGCCUGAACAACGCUGCAAACACAGCAGUCAUAGCAGCAGCGGAAGAGCUUGUCGCUAUCCAUCCACCUCUUGUCGAUACGGAGAUGAUUGAUGCGGCAAACACUGCCGCCGCACCGCCUCCUGCGGUGGUGAAUCGUAUGUCAGAACCCCCAACUAAUACGUCAUCCUUGGAACCGCACAUGUACUAUUUCCUGAAAGUCUUCGAUGGGACAUUGAGGUCAAGGGGGUCACACCUAGCCAAACUCGACGAGAGAAUGGAUAAGACAAUCGCGAAGAUCCUGCAGCUGGACAAGCCGAGCGAGCAGAAGAUGGAGCUUGUUCGGGAGAAGAGCACCGUGAACUUAGUUCCAAUACGUCGACGCCGGACCUUCCGAGAAGAAAACCGCGCAGACGAUGAAUUCAAAGACGGCGCCAUUAUCGUUGUCACGUUUCCCAUCCCGGAGGAUACCAAAGAAGCUGCCUUCGACCGCGGUGAAAUCCUCGAUCUCCAGACCUACCUCCACUCACGUAGCGACGCCCGCAAUUACCCCCACCUCCUCUCCGGCACCUUCACCUUCGACCACUUCUCCUCCGAAUUCUACUCUGGCUCGAUGCUCCACCGCCGCCCUCACGGCCACGGCCGCCGCAUCUACCACAACGGCGACGUCUACGAAGGCGCCUUCUGCCUCUCCGAGCGCCACGGCCAGGGCACCCUGACCUACCGCAACAACGACAUCUACGUCGGGCACUUCUCGCACGACCAGCGGCACGGCCAUGGCACCUUCACCGAUGUCGCAACAGGCAAUGUCUACGAGGGGAACUGGAAGCGAGACCGCCGGUUCGGGCGGGGCGUCACGCGGUGGGAGAAGGCGGAGGCGGACGACGAUGUGUGUAAGGUUUGUUGGGAGGCCCCGCUCGAGGCGGUGUUUUGGGACUGUGGGCAUAUGGUUGCGUGUCUGGGGUGUGCGAGGCUCAUGGAGAAUUGCUCUGUUUGUAGGAGAGCGGUUAGGGGGGUGGUUAAGUUGUUUGUUGCGUGA